GUAGUACAAUAUACUUUCUGAUCUGCUACAAUUGGCGGUCAAUUAGCAACGCGUACGUGGUAUAGGUAUGUUAUCGACAUACUAUAUGUCGAUGGUAUAAUGUACGAUCUACCGCGGCUUCUGCUCUUCUGUUCCAACAUAUGCAGCGGUUCUCCAUGGAUGUAUGGUGUUCUUAUUCGAAAAAGGCGUCAUCGGCAGGAUACGUGACAUAUUAAACAUAAACCACAGCGUAAUAACAUGAGUCAUUUCUGAUAAAAUUUCCUGGAAUUCCGUGUCAGUUGAAUGUCAUGGUAUGUCAAGUCGCUAUUGACAAUGAGAUCUAAAACGUCUAAGGAUCAGAGUUUUCUGGAAUCCUACCCUGUUCAAGAUGACAACGCUUGAUGCUGAACGGAAAUAUAGGCUGCCAAUAGUAACCUCAAACUUGCUUAAUAUACAAGUGUUGAAGAGGAUUGAUAAUGAUUUAGACAUUUACGAGAAAGUCCAUUGUGUGUUUUUGAUGAUUGAACACUACCAGACGGGUUACCAAACCUUUCUGGAUGCUGUGGAUGAAAGAAUUCCUAGCAUAUCACGGUUUGUGGUCGAAAACAACGUGACGGAUUGGCCCGACAAGGUCAUGGAAGCGUUAUGCCUUCUACAGAAUAACGAAGUUCUUUUAAAGUUAGGCGUGAAUCCUGACGACGCGCAAACUUUUUUUCAUGCAAACAUAACAAGAAUGUCUUGUAAAAUUAAUAAGUAUGCUAAAUCUUUUUAUAACUUGUUUGAAAAUCUUUCAAAAGACGAUGCUGUCAAACUCCAGCAGCGCAUAUAUCAACAAAUAGAUCCACCCAGGUGCAGUGCUUGGAUGGUUGAAAAUUUUCUAGAAAUACACUUGCUAUGGUGGAUUAAAAAGGGGUUAAUCACCAUUUCUGGAGAUAAUUGGGAAUUGUUACGGAUAUUAGAAAUCUUAAAACUGCUGAAUAUGUCGAGUAGUAGUGCCUACCUAGCAUUACAAAUGUAUGAGGAAGAAAGGAAAAAAAACCUAUGUGUUCACGAUCAAUUAGAUAUCAAUCGUGGUUCAUCAAAUCUAAAGACGAAUUCAUAUGUAAUAAAUAAAGGCCUGGCCAUAAUUUUCAACCAAAUGCAGUUCACUGGUCCUAUAGAAUAUGAGUAUAGAGAAGGCUCACAGGUGGACUGUGACAGAAUAGAAGAAGUGUUCAAAAAUACAUUUGGAUUUGACACACACGUGUACCUUGACUUGUCCAGAGACGAAAUCUACCAAACCCUGGAUGAGAAAUUAUAUGACGCCAAAGAAAAAUAUGACUGUGUUGCAGUCUUUAUUUUGUCUCAUGGCACAUCUGGACACAUAAUCGCAUCUGAUGGUAAGAGCUGUACCAUAGAAAAAAUUAAAAAACACAUUUGCAUCGAUGCUUUACAAACUAAACCAAAAAUUCUAGUUAUCCAGGCAUGCCAAACAAUCGAAGAUAUCAAGCUCGAUGGCCAAACAUAUUCACGAAACAAGGUUGACAACAAUCGCGACUUCAUUCUAUUAUGUUCAACGAUAUCGGGUCAACCAUCAGCCAGGCACCCACGUGACGGCACUUGGUACAUUCAAGUUCUCUGCGACGUACUGGAAAAUAUGCGGGGUAAAUGUAUCGGAGGCGAAAUCCCUAUAGAAGUGCAGAGACGAUUUGAUGAAAAAGAGGGUAUUAUUAAUAAAAAUUUGUACAGGCAGGUACCGAAUGUAAUGUGCCAGACGCUCAGCAAAAAAUUGAUUCUCCCGUAUAAUCCAACAGCUCCCAGCAAUUGAAAAACAGGACAAGCGUUUUCAAGCAUUGAUGAAAUUAAACUGUCCGUAAUUAGAUAUAGCGAUAACGUGUGUAUCAUACUUAUACACGAUGACAUGAUCAAAUAAGAAUUUCAAGUUAUUUUAUAUAUUCGAUUAAGUUUUCAUUUGUUUUCGUACUAAGUAUUUAUUUGCAUGUUUACGAAUCGUUAACGUCUGUUUUUAAACAAUAAAUCCGCAUGGUAAAACUCA